AUGAGUUCUGCCAAAAAUAUCGUUUCUCACAUGAGACAUAUCCCAGCCAGCGAUAAAGAAACCGACGCAGUUCAAAUUGAAAAUUGCAUCGGCUUCACCAAAGUCCCUCUAGGAAUCGCGGGCCCUCUACAGGUCAAAAGCAACGGGGGUACUGCGGAGAUAUUCCAUGCUCCUCUAGCCACCUUGCUCAAUCUCUGUGGAGGGCUUGGAUAUAAAGUCUCUGAUUCUAUGUCCCGAGCUCCGGUGUUUUGGUUUCCCAGCGGCGCCAAAGCGGCAUCCUUUUUCGACCGUGUCCCCGAUCUGUAUGCCGAUAUCAAGACCGUGGCUGAAUCGACAAGUCGACAUGCUCGUACCCAACGACUGAAACCUCAUAUAAUUGGCUCGACUGUCCAUGUUCUGUUCGAGUAUACAUGUGGGUCUCUCAACCGAAUUACGAUGGAAGGUCAGAUGACAGCCGAAAAGAACCUUUCGUGGGGGGACAUCCUGCGGACCCGUGGUGUUCGGGUGAUAGUCUGGGGGAGCAUCUUCGACCAGGAGUGCCAGAAGAUCCUAGGAUGCACGACACACUCUCUCUACCAAAUUAUCAUCAACAGUAAAGAGCCAGCGACUCGAAACGGGCAGUCUGGAUACAACAUCGACUGUGCAAAUAUCAUCGCUGCCAGUGUCGCGGAGGGUUAUAUUCCAUCACUGCCUGUGGGAACAGUGGGUGGUGGAACUGCGUAUGGCUCUCAACGAGAGGCAUUGGAGCUGCUGCGAUGCACCGGGCCAGGGAGUAAACAUCGUCUAGCUGGGUUGAUUUCGGCUUUCGCGUUAGCAUUGGGUGUCAGCACGCUGCUUCUUCUCGUCGAUCAUGAGGCACUAGUGAUUGAUGAAGCGUCCUUUUUCAACCAUGAGACAUUCGAAAUCAAUAGAACAAAUUAG